GCCACACUGAAGAUCUGGAACAGUGGGGUGAAGGCCGCUAGGGGAGGCUCCCUGUUUCACUUGCAGGUUUCUCCAAGUACCUUUUCACUCCUGUCUGCUUCCUUAGCUAGCCAGCUAGGGGUUCCUGAGCUGCUGCUGGCGGCGGGGAGAGGGGGAAAGUGUACCCUGUGGCCGCCCCCGUGGAGAGAUGCUAGGUGCCUGGGAUCGAAGAGACCGGCCCCCUGAAGAGGGGGCAGCUGCCGCCUUACAGGGCUUCGCCGUGGACAAGACCUUCCUGUCCUCCUUCAAAGGCAUCCUCCUGGAGAUCGAGCUGGCUCUGACUUUCAUCAUCUUCAUCUGCUUCACGGCCUCCAUCUCUGCCUAUAUGGCUGCAGCGUUGCUGGAAUUCUUCAUUACACUUGCCUUCCUCUUCCUCUACGCCACCCAGUACUACCAGCGCUUCGACCGGCUCAACUGGCCCUGCUUGGACUUCCUCCGUUGCAUCAGCGCCAUCAUCAUCUUCUUGGUGGUGUCCUUUGCUGCUGUGACGUCCCGGGAUGGAGCUGCCAUAGCUGCUUUUGUUUUUGGCAUCAUUCUAGUUUCUGUCUUUGCCUAUGAUGCUUUUAAGACCUACCGGACUGAGUUGGCACCCGGUGCCACCCAAGGGGAUCCGCAGUGACUCUGGGAUUAAGUGGCCCCCUGCUGCAGUGAGGCCCAGGAUGGUGGAGUCUAGGCAUAUCUCUCUUGGAGUUCUAGCCCCCUGCUCAGGCCUACAGAGGUGCCUGCCUGAGACAUCCCUGGACAUGCAUCUGUGGAGCCUGAUGCUCUGGGCUCUGGCUCUCGAUGAAGCCCUGGACAGAACAGAGGGCGACCUAGAGAAGGAGGGAGAAAGAGCAACGGGAGCUGGUCCUCCAAGUCA